UUCUUAUUGUUGGAGGUGGACUUGCUGGCCUGGCUAAUAAGGGGAUCUCAUUGUUGUAGGAACCAGUGCACUGAGGACUGCCAAAAAAAAUGGCCUGGUUUCUUAGACAACCUCCGGGGAAAUGCCUAUCACGUGCCCUCGGCCAAGGUCUUCAAGUUUGAUGGAACCUAUGUCUGUGAAGCACCUCUUGGACAGCCUGGCUACCCUUCAGUGACUAUUUCACGCGCAGAAUUUCAACAGCUCUAUAGCUACGUUGUGAGCCUCGGAAUCCCUGUUGGGUUCAACCACUCUGUCUCUUCUUACUAUGAGACAGGAGAGAAGGGUGUUGUCUUUUCUGAUGGAAGGAAGAUACAGGCAGAUGUCGUUGUUGCCACUGAUGGUGUCGGUAGCAUAUCUUGGGAAAUAGUGUCGGGGAAGAAAGAUCGACCUAUCAGCAGUAGCUACGCGAUAUACAGAGUGACUUAUCCAGUUGAGCCCGCUCUCAAAAACCCAAUCAUUGCCGCGGAAUAUGACAAUGACAAUGACCGCAUGUCAAUCUUCGUUGGCCCUGAUGCCCACAUGAUCACUAGGAGAAAAGGGCAGAAUAUCAACUGGUUCAUGGCCUACAAGGAUGAUGGAAACGCGGAUGAAAGUUGGUUAAAGUCUGCACCGGCUGAUAAAGCAUUGAAGCAUAUCACAUGCUGGACACCGCUUCUGGAAGAGCUUGUGAAGGAAACACCACACAACUCAGUCCUUGAUUGGAAGCUCUUGUGGAGGAACCCACAGCUGAAUGGGUCCCGCCUAAUGGGCGAGUCAUUAAAAUAG